CAACGACUCUUCUAAUCUUUGUCUCAUCUCCAAACCACACACGUAGUAGGCGGUAGGCCCACCAACAAUUAUGAUUUAAAAAUAUAGUUCGCCAGGCCAACAGUUCUUGCCCGUGUGAGCUGAAGCGCCAGAGAAUUUAUAUCAAUGUGUGUUGUUGAAUCGAUCGAUUCCGUUGUGGUGGUUGUUAAUUAUUUCCGUGAGAAGCAGGGCUCCAGCUCCUUAAGAUUUGCAGAGAAAAUCUGCGCCGCUGUGAUUCCGGUUAUAGCGUUAUUUGAGGCGUUGAUUUUCGCUGUUUCUGGUUGUUUCGAUUGCCGAAAGCUGAGCAAUAGCAAAAGAUUACGCCAUGGGUACCAGGAGAUAGUUCGACUCUCUGAGGAAUCUCGAUUUACCGUAAAUGAAGUGGAGGCAUUGUAUGAGUUGUUUAAGAAGUUAAGCAGUUCAAUUAUUGAUGAUGGAUUGAUUCAUAAGGUAUCACUUCUGGAAGAGCUUCAGCUGGCAUUGUUUAGAACUUCGUCUGGUGAGAAUCUUUUUGUGGACCGGGUUUUUGAUCUUUUUGAUGAGAAAAGGAAUGGCGUUAUUGAAUUUGAAGAAUUUAUUCACGCACUUAAUGUGUUCCAUCCCUAUGCCCCUAUGGAAGAGAAAAUAGAUUUUGCAUUCAAGCUUUAUGAUCUGAGACAAACUGGGUUCAUAGAGCGAGAAGAAGUGAAGCAGAUGGUAAUUGCAAUACUUAUGGAAUCUGAUAUGCAACUUUCUGAUGACCUCCUGGAGCAAAUAAUUGAUAAGACAUUUGCGGAUGCUGAUGCUGAUAAGGAUGGUAAAAUUAAUAAAGAAGAGUGGAAAGAUUUUGUCGUACGACAUCCGUCACUUUUGAGGAACAUGACUUUACCUUACUUAAAACUUUUACUAGAGCUCUUGGUGAAGAGAGGAUCGCUUCCCUGUUUCCCUGAUAUAGCCUGGAUGCUUCUUGUGAUUCUCUCCAUUGUUGCUGGAGAUGGGCAGGGUAGCUGGGCCAUGGCUUUUCCUCCAGAGAAACCUAAAAAGCAGGUUUUCUUAAUCCUUAAACAAGGGCUCAAACAACAUCAGAUGAUGUCCAAUUCACAAGCUCGAGCUGACAUUCUUCUGGAUUAUAUGAGCAUUUGAAAUUCGUACAUCUUAAAGAGUCCAAGCUUUGCUGCCUCUACAUGUAUUCUCAUAAUUGGUAGGAUAUCAAUCUCUUGUUACCUCUGUAUAGUAAUAAAGUUGAUUUUAGUU